GCGCGUGCGCGCCACAAUCCCACCCUUUUCCUGUGCGCAUGCGCACUCCCCCCCGUUUCCUCGCUCUCCGACCUAACGGUUGUUUUAGUACCCGGAUGUUGGCAAACUUUACCCCCCCCGAUUGGUCAGUUGGACACGAAAUUAAACUCACGUUACCCCGUAACUCGCCUCAGAACGCAGCCCCGGCUGCAGGCCCAGCCCGGCUCUUCCUGCCUGGCUUCGGCUGGCUUCGAGGCAUGGCCGCCAAGAUGGCCGCUGGUCACGCCUCAGCGCCAAGAUGGCCACCAGUCCAAAGUGACUGCUGGGCUCCUGCCAGCCUUGCCCGGGCACCGCACGAGUGGGUGGGCUUCCCCUGGGCCCACCUCAGCGCCGAGCUGGCCUCCCUUGUCACCUCAGCGCUCAGCUGCCUGCCAGGCUUGUCUCAGCGCCAAGAUGGCCGCCUGACUCACGCCAAGCCCACCUCAGCGCCAAGAUGGCCGCCUGACUCACGCCAAGCCCACCUCAGCGCCAAGCUGGCCUCCCUUGUCACCCCAGCACUCAGCUGCCUGCCAGGCUUGUCUCAGCGCCAAGAUGGCCGCCUGACUCACGCCAAGCCCACCUCAGCGCCAAGAUGGCCGCCUGACUCACGCCAAGCCCACCUCAGCGCCGAGCUGGCCUCCCUUGUCACCCCAGCACGCAGCUGCCUGCCAGGCUUGUCUCAGCGCCAAGAUGGCCGCCUGACUCACGCCAAGCCCACCUCAGCGCCAAGAUGGCCGCCUGACUCACGCCAAGCCCACCUCAGCGCCAAGAUGGCCGCCUGACUCACGCCAAGCCCACCUCAGCACCGAGCUGGCCUCC